AUGGCCCCAAAGAAGAAGCCUGGGGGCGCGGGGCGCAAAGGCGCAGGGGUCACAGGAGGCAUGGAUGCCGCAGUGACGGCGGCGGCCCUGACAGAGCGUUACGAGUUUCUGCAGAAAGAGUUUGUAUCCUUGACAGAACAGCUAGAUACCUACGAGAAGCGAGUGCAGAGUGUGCUAUUAGAGAAUGAUUUUCUGGACCGAGAGGCUGCCCGGCUACGUGAGGAAAACCGGCAGUACACAGUGUACAUGUCCUCGCGGGCCCAGCACUUGGCCAACUUCAUCAUUACACUGGAUGCCCAGAACCGCGCAGACCUGGCCCAGGUGCAGUCCCAGCAGGCAGAGCUCUCGCUUAUCUAUGAGGGCCGCGAGAAUGCCGUGCGUGCCCAGCUCACAGAGAUGGAGGCCCGAGCGGCCAACAUGGCAUACCAGGUGGAGCUGCUACAGCCCUUCAAGGAUCUUCAGUUGGAACAGAUGGCCAGGAUCAAGACCUUGGAACGAGAAUUGUUGCACAUGCGUGUGGAGCACACCCAACUGCUACACUGCGUGAAAGGGCGCUUCUUGGAAGACAAGGCGGCGUGUGAGCGUGAGGCCCGGCAACAGUUGCAGCUACUGGUGCGCAGGGCAGAGCGGGAAGCCAAUCGCUCCCUCGUCAUCCACAUACAGUCUAUCAAGAAUGAAAACAGGCGACUUCGGUACGAGCUUCUUGAGCUCCUGCAACGGACAAAGGUGUUACAAGACACCAGGCAGGAGCUGCUGGAGCGGAGGAGGAAGCUAAGGCAGGAUCACCAAGAUGCCCGGGACAUGGCCCAGAUCCAUAGCUGGCUUCAGAGGGGUCCUGAUGGGCCCCCGCUUUGGAACCCCGCUUUGGACGACUUUACCUCAACUUCAUCCUCAUCCUCAAGCCCACCCAUCUCCACAGUCAAGCCAUCUUUAGGUGGCUCAUCCUUAUCUAUCUUCUCAAUACCCAUACCCAGGUCCCUAGAUGUACUCAAGCCCCAAGUCUCAUCCAGGUCCCCAGCCUCACCCAGGACCUCAACCUCAUCUAAGCCCCCAGCCUCACCCAAGCCCCCAGGCUCACCCAGGACCUCAAUCUCACCCAAGCCCCCAGGCUCACCCAGAACCUCAAUCUCACCCAAGCCCCCAGGCUCACCCAGACCCUCAAUCUCACCCGAUACCUCAGCCUCACCCAAGCCCCCAACUUCACCCAGGGACUCAAUCUCACCCAAAUCCCCAGCUUUACCCAAAUCCCCAGCCUCACCCAAGGCCCCACUCUCACCCAAGUCCUCAGCCUCAUCUAGGCUCCCAACCUCUACAGAAAAAACUGUAAAACCCAAUGUGCAAGCUGGUAGCUCAGAUGUCCCUUCAUCUAUCCCUACAAUCUCUGUUAUCAAGCCUCCACCAGAUGAAUCUGAGGACCCCUAA